AUGGGGCCAGAUCCACAGCUCAACCUCAACUACAACCUUACAUGGAUUUUGCCGGUUGAUGCCGGAUUCGUGUACCUCCUAAGGUUCCAUCUCUGUGAGAUUCAGUCUACUUUUACCUUGCAAAAUCAGAGGACUUUCUACAUCUACAUCAACAACCAGACAGCGUGUGACCCCAUGGAUGUAAUCUUCUGGAGCGGAGGAAUUGGUAGACCAAUAUACAAAGACUAUGUUAUCGUGGCUAGUGGUUCCGGUCAGGUGGACAUGUGGAUUGCACUGCACCCUUAUAUUUCAAGUAGAUCACAAUAUUAUGAUGCAAUACUGAAUGGUCUUGAGGUCUUUAAGCUACAGGGUCACGGAUCGAACAAUCUUGCUGAGCUCAAUCCUCCAAUUCCACAAAAGCUUGAUGUGGAUCCUAAUAGGCUGUCUAGCGGUGUACGAAAAUCCAAAGGUGACAUACUAGCAGCCAUCGGUGGCGGAUUUGCUUUGAUGUUGAUUGUUCUUUUCAGUAUGUGUGUUAUCUGCAGACGGAAGAAGGUCGUGAAGAUUUCUUGCAAAACCAGCUAUGCAUAUCGGAAUCGUCCCACAUGUGAUCUUGUCCAUCACUUCUCAUUUGAAGAAAUUCAACUUGCCACCAAAGAUUUUGAUGAAGCACAUAUCAUCGGCAGAGGCGGUUUUGGGAACGUCUACAGCGGUGAGAUAGAUGGAGGGACAAAGGUGGCGAUCAAGCGACUCAACCAGGAAUCCCAACAAGGCAUUCAUGAGUUCCAGACUGAACUCGAGAUGUUGUGCCAUUUCCGCCAUGGCCACCUUGUAUCUUUGAUUGGCUACUGCAGGGACAAGAAUGAGAUGAUUAUGGUCUAUGACUACAUGCCUCAUGGAACACUGCGUGAGCAUCUGUACGGCACCAGAAACCCAUCACUAUCAUGGAAGCAGCGCCUUAAUAUUUGCAUCGGUGCAGCCCGAGGGCUGCAUUACCUCCACACUGGUACAGAGCAAGGAAUCAUCCACCGCGACGUUAAGACCACCAACAUCCUACUGGAUGAUAGGUUAAUGGCGAAAGUUUCUGACUUUGGUCUAUCUAGGGCAUGUACAGACAUUGACAAUGCGCAUGUGAGCACCGCAGUGAAGGGCUCCUUUGGAUAUUUUGAUCCGGAAUACUUCCUGCUGCGACGUCUCACCAAAAAAUCAGAUGUGUACUCCUUCCGGGUCGUGUUGUUGGAGAUUCUGUGUGCACGCCCUGUGAUAAACACUGAGCUCCCGGACGAGCAAGUGAGCUUGCGUGACUGGGCGCUAUCUUGCCAAGAAAAAGGUGUACUCGAGAAGAUUAUUGACCCCUGUGUUAAGGAGGAGAUCACCCCAAAAUGCCUCAGGAUAUUUGCAGAGCUAGCGGAGAAAUGUGUUGCUCAUCGUAGCAUCGAUAGGCCAUCAAUGGGUGAUGUACUCCAGAAUCUGGAGGUCGCACUCAGGGUGCAGGACAGUAACAACUAUGCCAGGGGGCCAUCGUCUCUUCAGAUCAUCAGUCUAGUGAACUCAUACAAAUCAUCAACCCACUCAAUAACUGACAUCGCUGCACAGGGAGACAUUUUCAGAUAUUUUACAUCCGGAAGGCCGAUAAAAGCAAACUGCAGAUAA